AGUUAUGAUAGCUGGCCAAGACUGCAAGCGCGUUUGACCUCUUCGUGUGUCCUACUACUAAAGGUCCCCACCAAGUAGCAGUGUCAGUUUGUUGAAUCCGUACUGUGGAUACAACUUUAAAAAAGCUAUAAAUAAGAUAACAAGUUGUCAUCGACCGACUCUCCCACCUUGACCAUUACCCGUACACUGCAGAUACGUACUACGUAUCAUUUACGUACAGAUUCGAUAUCAUUUCUUUUUGAAGAGCCGAAGAUCAGUUUAGCCAAUUGGAAUGUCUCAAGCCAAGGACAUGUCUAAAGAGAUUGACCUGGCGGAGCUGAUAGAGCUCCAGAAACAGCGCGAGCAGAUGGCAGUGGAGGAGAAACUCAAGGCUAAGAUGCGGCGUCAGAUCCGUAUCUUCAACAAGGAGAAGUCCAUGUACACCAGGAGGACGAGAUACGAGAUUAGCAAGCAGAGGCGCUCGCUGCAAAUUCUGGAACUGGAGCGUGACGUGGAGCUGGACAACUACAUCGCCACGCAGUCCGAGGCCAUAGAGAACAAGUACAAGAAGGAGGAGUGCGUCGUGCGGGACCUGGUUAGCACCACAGACGAUGUGAGGCGUCUGCUCGCUAAAGAGAUUGAAAGCACGAACGUUCUAGAUACCGAGGUCCGCCAGUUGGACGCCAACAAAUGGGAGCAGAAGAAGGCGGUGACACAGAACGCCAUAGAGAACUCCAAGUUCAGGCUGCCGGACAAAAUGAAGAUGGAGAGAAGGAUUGAGUGGGCAAGCGGCAAGUACCACAGCCAGCUGUACAAGAACAAGGAACUGCAGGAUAAGAUAGACAGCGCCAUUUUCCUACGGGACAAGUUCAUGAACGAGGAGACGAAGCUGGUCAAGAAACUGGAGGAACUCAACAAAGCCGUCACGACCACCAUGAACGAGACGGCCGAGAUUUAUGAGCAGAGAGACCGUGCGGAAGGCACGAAGAUCAAGGUCAGGGAGCACCUGGCAAAGGUCAAGGAUCAAUACGAGCGCGAGCUGUUGAACAUUAGCCUGUCGAUCAAUGACGACAAGAAAAUGGAGAACUUCAUGAGGACCAAGCACAAAGACAUCACGAAAUACCUGCACAUGAAGCGAGAGAAGGAGUUGAAAGAUGUGACGGAAAUGUUGAGCAAGAAAGACAACUUCACCCAGGCCUUCGACACCAUCAAGGAGGCGACGGGGAAGGACGACAUCAACCAGAUCGUGGAGGAUUUCAUCGAGGCGGAGGAGGACAACUUCAGCACCUUCCUCGGGAUAGGAGAGAUCCUUGAUGAGAACGAACGCCUCCGAUCGAAAAUUCGCGAUUUACGAAACGAAAAUGUUAGCAUGGAGGAGAACAAUCUGGAAACUUUGGCAGACACGGCGGUCAACAACCUGGAGACACAGGCCCGGAUUGAGUCCUACAAACUGAAGAGUGAGGCGUGUCAGAAACGUCUAGCCGACCAGAGUAAAACGGUGGAUGAGUUUACGGGCUACAUUCAGAAUAUUAUCAAUAUGAUCAAGUUGGAGAAGGUGGCAUUGGGUGACUACAUUGAGAAAGAUGGCUCCAUCAAAGACAGGAACCUGCUUGGUGUCAUGACAGCUAUUGAAAAGGAACUUGCUGACCAAAUGAAGGAUUAUUAUAUGGUGGAGUUGUCGACAAGGGCGGUCAUCAGGGGUAAGCCUGACGUCACACCGGAUGAAAAGAUGAUUACACGCAUCCCAUCAUUCCGUAUAGGGCCCCACGCCCCGCCCAGAAUCAUCCCAUCGAACCUCAUAAAAGAUAAAGAGGACGUGGAGGAGGUGAAAAACGUCGGCCUGCUCACCCACGAGGAGGCUCGGGACAUCGUGGUCAAGUCAAUGUUGGACAAGAAGAGCGGCUCGUCUAAGAAUGUCGCCGAAAAGAGCUACCACGAUCUACCCUGGAUCCACAAGUAGUGACGUCAUACCGGACGACUCAUCCACGUUUUCAUAUAAAAGUAAAACACAAAAGGUCAUGCCUACAGAUCUAAAGAUUUUACACGCACAUCUUUCAUUGCAAGAUAGAAGUACAGAGAUGUUUCAAAAUGUGCAGCUAAGAAAAAUGUGCGACACAAAAAAAUUCUAAAUCACCACCUGACUUAUUCACACAUACAGUCAGCCGAAAGUGCAUUGCCCACACCACAACACUCAUAUACACAUACACACACACACACAUGUCACCACACAGUCGUAAAAAAUACAUUUUGUUAUUCAAAUGUCUUUUUAAAUCCACAAACGCUAAUGUUUUUUUUAUAUUUCAGGAAUGUUUUAUAUAGGGUUUUUUUCUUUGAUAAUAAAUCAU